AUCGUAUUCCCACCCGUGUGCUCGGGUCCCGGAUUCAGCACGUACGCCCGCAAUGACUACGCCACAAUACGAACCAUUGCGAUCUACACAUGAUCUGCCCCUCACAGCCAUUGUGAUCGGUGCCGGGCUGGGCGGCUGUGCUGCCGCCAUCGCGCUGCACCAUCAUGGCCAUAGGGUCCUUUGCGUCCUAGACAAAGUGAGGGAGUUCGGGAGGUUGGGAGAUAGUCUAGGACUUGGGGAGAACGCAUUUACGCUCCUCCAAAAAUGGGGCUGUCCCGUCUCCGAAAUUAAACGCAUCGGUAACCAAGCACCCAACAUGACCAUACGCCGCUGGCGCGACGGGAAAGUCCUCGCCGUGCAACCCCUCAUGGACAUGGCGGGCUAUAUCGGCCACCGCGGCGACUACCACGACGUGUUUCUUUCCUGGGUGCGCGCGCGGGGAAUCCCAAUCCGCAUGGGCAGCGAGGUCGUCGCGUACGAUGACGUCGAUCCGCAACCUAUCAUCACCCUGAAGUCGGGGGAGAGGUUGAAGGCGGAUGUGAUUGUUGCGGCGGAUGGUAUUAAGAGUCUUGCGAGGCCGCUUGUGCUGGGGGUGAGGGACGAUCCUGUGUCGUCUGGGUAUGCGUGUUUUCGUGCUUUCUUCAAGCCGACAGCGGAGCAGAGGGGCGAUGCGAGGAUUAACAAGUAUAUGGGGGAGGAUUGUGUGAAUUUCUGGAUUGGGCCUGAUACUCAUCUUGUGCAGAAUACACUGAGAGGUGGGGAGGAGUUUAACUGGAUUAUCACGCAUAAGGAUGAUGGAGAUGUGCCAGAGAGCUGGUUUCAGGAGGGGGAUAUGGAGGAGGUGAGGAGGUUGGUGAUGACGUUGGAUCCGGAUAUUAGAGGGAUUGUGGAGCAGACAGAGAGAUGUUUGGAUUGGAAGAUCUGUUAUAGAGAGCCUUUGAGUACAUGGGUCAGCGCGGGGAGUCAUAGAAUUGUACUACUUGGUGAUAGUUGUCAUGCUCACUUACCUACUUCGGCACAAGGAGCAAGUCAGGCUGUUGAGAGCGCGGGAGUUUUAGCAACGGCAUUGGACUUGGUGAAUGGAAGAGAUGAGGUCGGAGUUGCGACGAGGAGUUAUGAAAAGCUGAGGUUUGGAAGGACACGGUUGAGCCAACUAAAUGGAGAGGAUUUGAGAGAUCGAUGGCAUGGCAUCUUGAAGAGUGUGGAUGAAGAUAGAGACAUAGACCCGGAGGAUGUUAAGAUCAAGAACCGUUGGUUGUACUCGUUCGACGCCGAGGAAGAUGCGGAAAAAAGAUGGAAAGAAGUAAGAGAGACCAUAGACAACGAGUUCCAUGCAGGCCAGAUAAGUCCACUAUGCUAG